AUGAAGCAAAAUAAGUGUGGCAAGCCUCGUGGUUGCGUCGGCAUGAUUCAAGUAAGCCACCUUCUUGUGAUUACUUGGCUGGCGGGGCCACUUGGAUGGCUCUCUGGACGUCCCGGCGUCCAAGCAUACAAGUUGUUCGAGCCGCCCAUCAACAUCACCAACUCGAAAGACCCGACGGUGGCUCGCGAGGUGGAGCGAUUGUUGGAGAAGAACUUGGUGCAUGAUUUUGGUGAGGCGAAGUCAGUCCCCAGGCCGGAUGAGGAAGGCAAUGCCAGCGAUGGCACUGCAGGUUUCGGUCAUCUGGCCCGCAAAUCCUGCAACCUGGAGUUCAUGAUGAUCAAGAUGGCACAAAUGGAGACCGUGGUGCAGUUGCAGCAAGCCGAGCUCACCGCCGCACAUAGCGAAAUCGAGGCUUUGAAAGCUCACGUCGGCUUGGAUGUCGAUGUCCAGCACGUCGCCAUGGCACAGAAGAAAACUCGGGAUCCCCAUGCAGCAGGCGACGUCCUGAAGAGGGUCCUGGACAAGCACCACCGCCAGCGCCAGACGCGCAACUACGACCCCAGUGCCCACAAGGAACUGGUUUCCGAAAAAGGGAAGAGGAGGCGCCCCGCAGCGGUGCUCAAGAAUCAGGAGAUCCGGUCGUUGCUGGUCAAGAGAAAUGCGCGCUUGGGCCCUGUAAAAAAAUGGGGUGAAUCGGGCGUAAAGGCUGGUUCAAAAAUCGGCGGAGAGGCGGUUGACCUCGGAAAGAAGGGCGUCGACGCCACCAGUGACGGCAUCAAUCGCCUGACCGGUGAUGCCUUGGAAAGUGCAUGGGACAAGGCGAAAGAAUUGGGAGACGAGGCCGCGGUCGACUUUAUUCAGAGCACGGUGAUCGACACCGUCGAAAAAGCAUCAGUGAUUCUUGGGGUUCCGUUCCCUACAGGCUUUGUAUUCGACGGGAACUGCACUGCAAGGCCACCAAGCGCUAGAUUGGAGGACAGGACCCUGACGAUCAAUUUUGGCGGACUCCAUUGCUGGCUGGAAAUUGUCGGCAACAGGGACGACCUCCUCGACCAUGACUUUGGCGAAAGAAGCGUCACGUUUCCCAAUCCGCUGGCGUCGUACGAUCCACUUCAGCACUUGCCCCGGCAGCUGCACCUGGUUGUCGGUGCAGGCGUUGAGGGCGUUGAGAGGGUUUUCGCGAUGAUCCGUGAUCUUCUGGAAGACCCAGGCUGCCACAGAGCAGACACAUUCCACUGCAUGGCCAAGAAAGUGGCGAGCCACCUCUUCGCGCCACCCAUGAAUUUCCUGCCGCAGCAGCUAAAGACUAUUGUCAAUGCUGGCCAGGAGAGCGUUCACAGGUUGUUCAGCAUGAUGACGGAUCUUCUCAACACAGCCCACUGCGAUCGAGGCAACACCUUCGACUGCAUGGCGCAGCACGUCUUUCACUGGCUGCCCAAGCAGCUGCACACAGUUGUGAAUGCGGGCCAGGAAGGCGUCGAUAGGGUCUUCGCAAUGAUGCGUGAUCUUCUGAACACCCCCCACUGCGAUCGAGGCAACACCUUCGACUGCAUGGCGCAGCACGUCUUUCACUGGCUGCCAAAGCAGUUGCACACAGUUGUGAAUGCGGGGCAGGAAGGCGUCGACAGAGUCUUCGCGAUGAUCCGUGAUCUUCUGAACACCCCAGGCUGCGACAGAAGCAACGUGUUCCACUGCAUGGCCAAGCUGGUGGGACCCUAUCUCACGGAGAUCGUGCCACCCAUCAACGGGCUGCCCGAGCAACUGCGCACUGUUGUUGAUGUGCUUGCAGGCUCUCCGGUCAACUCCAUCAAGAGCUUGAUGGCUAUGGGGACUGACUUGAUGCACUGCGAGAACUUGGAGUCCGGCCAAGACGUCACGAAAUGCCUUGGCCUCAAGAUCAUCGAACAGGUGCCUCCGCUGAGUUACUUGAACAACCUGGGUGAUGUGAUCGGUGAGACCCUGAACACUUUUACAAAGGCGACCACCUCCUUAGCAAUGAAGGCUUUACGGGGAAGCACUUCCCUUGUCCAGAAAGCCAGUGUGUCCCAAUUCCCUCCUGUCGGAAAGAUGCCAGUGCGCCACCAGCAGGGCAACCUGGUCGUCGAGAUGCACUCGCAAGAAAUGUCUCCUCGGGACACCGGCCACGGUGCCAAAUUUCCCGUUGCAUACCUCUCCGGCGACGUCCACACUGGAUUUGACUUCGGCCAGAUCAUGAAGCCGGACUUCACCAUUUGCUCGGUCACUCGCUAUGUCGAAGGAGGAGUACAGUUGCGAGUUCUCCAGCACGAUAAUUGGAACUGGCUUCACGGCCACUGGCACGGAAAAGUCGGGGUUACUCACUACAAUUGGUGGGUGAACCAGGAGGGGCAGCACACGGGCUUGACCGAUUGGCUCGUGCUGUGCGGCAACAGUGCAGGGGUUGUUUUUCGGGGCCAGGAAAGGAAGAACCUCGGACAGCACACGGGGGUUAAGGCAAAAGGAGAUGCCCACUUGUACAUCAACGAGGGCCAUACUGCCGAAUCCUCGGACUUUGGUGUCAUGGAGGUCAUCGUCUGGAACCGGGCACUUUCGGAGGACGAGAUGUGGACCAGCAUGGAGUACCUGAACUCGUGCACAAUCGCUGCUGUCAUCCUCUUAGCUGUCUGGCUUUUGCAUGUGAUUUUCCAUGGUCCGAAGAACCUGAAAGUUGAGGCGGAAGACUGCAUCUUCGAUUCGGAGGGCAUCCCUCUUUGCCGGGUCCAGUCUUCCCGACAAAGGAAGAGUGCUACAGUCCGGGCCUUGCACUGUACUUCCUUUGAUGCUCCCUCUUGCCGCUUAGGUCGCAGCUCGCUACGCUUCAUCUCAGAGGAUCCUUCCCGCCAAGGCCUGGAGCGAGAAUCAGCGUAUAUGCAUCUCGGGCAGAUGGAUGUCCAGUUGACAUGGUUCUUCCAGCACUGA